GCAGACUUGAUCACAAUUUUUCCGCCACCGUGAAGUUCAUAAACCCUACUCUCUCUCUCUCUCUCGUGCGCGCGCAAACCCCCGUUUCUCCAACAAGAAGCUCUAGUUCGGCAGCGCUCUAUAGGAAGCAAACAUGAAAGAAAUUGUAACUAUCCAAAUUGGUGAUUAUGCCAAUUAUGUUGGUUCUCACUUUUGGAACUUUCAGGAUGAGUUGAUUGGAUUAGCUGAAGACUCUCAAGCUGAUUCAGUCUACAAGAACCAUGAUCUUAAUAUGGAUGUGCUUUAUCGUACCGGUGAGACACAGCAGGGCAUCAGUACAUACACUCCUCGCCUAGUCUCAAUAAACAUGAGAGGAUCCCUUGGAUCUAUGAGUUCACGUGGUACACUGUAUAAGGAGGUUGCUCCCACAACAUCAGAUAUUUUCACCUGGACUGGUGAAGUUUCCACCCAAGCCUCUGAACCUCGCAAAAAGAAUUUGUUCCUACAAAGUCUUUAUGAAGAAGAAAACUUGAAUAUGGUGAAUGAGAACAAUGGUUCUUUGAGUGAAGAUCAGGAUAAGAAUAUAACUGAGUGUCUAGAAAAUGAAGUUCAGUUUUGGACAGAUUACUCAAAAGUACAUUUCCAUCCCCAAAGUUUAUAUGAAUUAAAUGGAGUUUGGACGGAUGUUGCGGAUUUUGACAAUUAUGGAAUUGGAAGGGAUUCUUUUACUUGGGCAUCACAAGGGGAAGAAAUUAGUGAGAGGCUUCGUUUUUUUGUGGAAGAAUGUGACCAUGUACAGGGAUUUCAAUUCGUGGUUGAUGACUCUGGAGGUUUCUCUGCUGUGGCUUCUGAAUUGUUAGAGAAUAUUGUGGAUGAAUAUACCAACACACCUGUCAUGCUGUAUGCUGUUCGUGGUUCUGGUUCACGGGCAAGUCCUCAGAGCAGAAAUCGUAAAAUCUUAGAGGAGCUUCAUGAUGCUAUAUCAUUUUCAAGACUAUCAUCCUAUUCUAAACUUAUUGUGCCUGUUGGCUUGCCCUCCUUAAGUAAAGCUUCCAAAUUCCUCCACAUUGAAGAUGAGAAGCAUUACCACUCAAGUGCAGUUUAUGCUGCUGCACUACACUCCAUUAGUCUUCCUUUUCGAAUGGUACCGGUUGGGCCUACUGCAGAUGCAUGUUCUGUUUCUGGGGCUGUAGAUUUUCACGGACUUAUACAAAUGUUAUCAGGGCAAGGAAGGCAGAAUAUGGUGUCAAUUCUGGAUGUUGCCAUGCCAACACCUGCUUUAACUGGGGGACAGAAUGAACCGUCUUUGCUAGAACAUUUUAAGCCAUUGACCCCAAUGAUUUCUGAGGAUGGUGAAGACAUACAGGCAAUUGAACACUUGACAGUACAUGGAGCUUUUACAUCAGAAGGUCGUCGUGCUUCAAUUUGUGAAGUAAAAGAUACAGUUGAUGCUGCUUUUCAACGUGCCAACACAAGGCCAAUGUUCAGCCAUCUAUCUACCGCUCUUUGUCCCCUGCCUAUUCCCUUGCCUUUUCCAUCAAUCUUUGGAAACCAAGUUGGCAAGCACGGCAAAUUGAUAAGCGACCAACUGACUAAUUCUUCAUCAAAAGGAUCCCUUGACGUCCAUUCCAUUCCCAUGGCUGCCAGAUUACGUUCCAGCAGUGCUGUCUUACCACUUUUGGAGAGUAAACUGCAAAAUCUUCACCGGUAUGGAAUUACGCGAGGAGCAGCCGGAGCAGAGUUACUUAGGAGUUGGGGCUUCGGAAAAGAAGAAUUGGAGGAAAUGCAGGAGAUGUUGUCUAAAAUGGUUGCUACAUUGUGUCCUCCUCAGUUGUCAUCUGAUUCAGAUUAGAAUGCAUACUUUGUUAAUGGUUCCAAUAACAAGAAGUGAGGGAACAUCUGUAAUAUUGCCGAUGGCGACAAAACUUGACCAAUACUGGCUGACUAUUCACACCUUUUGACCAAUACUGGCUGACUAUUCACACCAAUACUGUCAUAAGAAAUGACAUUGGUGGCUUUUUCUUUCCUCAACUAGGGUGCUUUGCUCUGUGACUCCAUGCCGACCUUUUGUGCCUCAUUCAUGGUAUUAACCUUGCCUACAUUCAACUGGACCUGGUUCAAUGUGGUUAUCAAAUUUUUGCAAUUUCCUCUCAAGUCUCAACAAAGACAUCUCAAAGCCUCUUCAUUUGCAUGAGUUCUCGGACAUGAUACUAUUAAUGACAACAUGCUGGUACUGAGUUUCAAAGAGAAAAUUCCUUAAUAUUAAUUUAAGGCAAAAGUUAAUAUGCAUAAGGGGAUGUUUAUGCAUGGUACAUAAGCCCAGAAUUACUCGCGCGCCCCCCAGAAGUUUCUCGCGCACGCCCCCCAGCCCCCCCCCAAAGGCUCGCUAUCCCCACCCCCUUUCUGCUGAUGCACACGUUUUGUUUUUAUUUUUAGCCUACUAGGCCUGAAAGCCCAUAUUGCUACGCGCGCCCCCCAACUGCUACGCCCUCCCCCCAAUUGCUACGCGCCCCCCCAUUUUCUAGCCCCCCAAUUUCUAGCGCACCCCCCCAGGUUUUUUUUUUUUUUUUUAGAUUUCUAGCGCACCCCUCAGAAUCGAAUUUGAACGGCAAUGAAGAACGUAUGAAUUAGAAUCGAAUUGGGUAGCUUGGUUUUUCUUUUUGUGAUGAGGUUUUUUUUAGUGAUAAAAUAUUUGUGUUUUUGCUGAAUGGAGACAAAGUAGAGUGAUUAAUUUUUUUUUUUAUAAUUGUUGAGUGAUUAUUGGUUAGAGAAUCUUGAGAUGUUAAUUUGGUUCAGUAAUAGUAAUAAUAAUGAAGGAAUAUUAUUUCAAUAAUACAAUAAAUUCAAUAUUAAAAACACAAUAUUGAUUUCAAUAAA